AUGUCUGAAAAGUUCUCUUACCUCUUUUUUUCCUUUUCACAUAUAAUCUAUCAUCAUUUCUUGGAUGUAAUGCGUUAUGUAUUGUCAGCAAUUUCCUUUUUCUUUCAACCAACAUUUUUCAAGACUUUUUUCGUCACAUUCAAUAAAGGUCGCGCAAAGCUUACAAUGUAUAUUGUCAAGGCAUUUAUUCUUUUCAUAUUCUUUAUUAGUGGGAUCAUUUUUUUUCAAUAUUCUUCUGCCGCAAAUUAUCGAUUAACUCUUCGAGUUUCCCAGGCUCCUGUUUUUCUUGUUAGAUCUACCACUUUCUUUCUUUCUUUCUUUCUUUCUUUCUUUCUUUCUUUCUUUCUUUCUUUCUUUCCCGGUCAUAUUUUCCGUUUUCAAAUUUUAGUUUCCUCCUUUUUUUUUAAUCUUUGUCUCAUACUAACAACCGCCCACGCAAUUGCCCAUUACUAA